UUAAACUCUGGAUCGUCGAUGGUAUAUGUUGCUGAAGAGCAUUGCAAGCCUUCCCCAAAAACGCCUUCUGGCUCUUUGGUUAGAUUUGCCAGCUGGAAUAGUUUGAUAACCCUGACCAUGGAUGCGCAGAUUUCUCUUAUCUCAAGCUUCAUUUUGAAUGUAAUAAUUGGAUGGAACAGUUGCCGUGGUGCCGUGAAAGCAAGAAAACUCGACCUGACCAAUGGAAGGACGUUUGGUACGGCGUCACCAUAUUUUCCGCUGGAUUAUCCGAAUAACUAUUUCUCCUCUAUGCUGUUUACUGUCACGCCUGCCGCUAAUGUCACCUUCCAGUCCCAUGCCUUCGACUUGGAGAAUAGUUUUAACUGCCAGUUUGAUUACUUCAGUAUAAACAAUCAGCGUUUCUGUGGCACCAAAGGUCCCGAAAAUUAUACAGUAACCGUCAACUCUGGUCAACUGGUAAGUCAGGGAGACCAUUUUGGUCUUCUACAGAACCCUGUAGAGUCCGUUAUCAUCUUUCAUCACGGCACACGAGUAUGUACUCUGUACACAGGAUAUUCGCUUUGUUACGGACCAUUCCGUCACCCGCACCGGUUUGUUGUGAUUUUUCGGCAGGAGACACGAACCGCCAUUAACACUGUUACCACCCUGACCACGCCGACAACCACCACACCCUUUCCCACCACCACACAGGCUACACCGGCAGGCUUUACCAACAUGACCACGCCACCGAAUUCGUCUCCGACUCCGGUCUGCACUAACUGCGACAGUGCUCCCCAGUGUGGAGUUCCCGCAGUGCCUCCAAAACUCACUGCCCGCGUUGUGGGAGGGGUGCCGGCUGUCCCGCACAGCUGGCCCUGGCAGGUCUCCUUUGGUAGAAUGCCAUGGUGCGGUGGCAACUUGAUAAGCAGCAGGUGGGUACUCACAGCUGCCCACUGCUGCAGAAAUGAGAACGCCAGUGCCGUUGUAGUCGUUCUGGGAGCGCACGACUUUGGACAGCCCGAACCGGAUCGCAUUGUGCGGCAGGUCAAACGUUUGAUAAUCCAUCCACAUUACCAUUCCAACAGCAACGAUUUCUGUUUGGUCGAGUUAGCCCUGCCAGUAGAACGUACUUCUGCCCUUAUACCGGUAUGUCUUCCAACGGAAUCCGAUCCCCCGACGGGAACAAGGUGCUACGUCACCGGCUGGGGAGACAUGCAAGAAGAUCCCAGUGGACACGGACAGGGGCCGCCUACGCUCCUGGAACAGCAAGAGGACGUCGCAGAUGAAAUUAGUAUUCGCGCUACAAGAUUUAGUAAGCGCGCAACCAGUGAAUUUGUCCUAAUGCAGACCGAUGUCAGUAUCGUCGAUCAGUCCGUUUGUAAUGUUUCCUAUUACGGAAGAAUCGAUUCCACGAUGAUAUGUGCUGCCGGUCCGGGAAAAGAUACGUGUCAGAGAGAUAGCGGUGGUCCGCUAGUCUGUCAGCGUGCAGGAAGCCCAGCCUUUGUCCUUUUUGGAGUGACUUCAUUUGGAAAUGGAUGUGCCCGGCCCGGAUAUCCUGGCGUCUACGGAAGAGUCAGCCAGGCUGUAUCAUGGAUUCGCGGCAUCGUUGGAAGCUUUGCCUGACAAAGAUCCAUCACAACCGAAAACCGGCAGACAACACUUAAUGUUAAAUAAAUGGAAGCUACCGUGGUUGCAAUACCGUCGGCUGUCAAUUUGUCAUCGAUGUUAAUGUUUUAAAUUUUAUACGUAUAUUACGAAUUACGGAGUCAGCUUGUUCGCUUAUUUUUAAAUUCGAAAUUUAUGCAUGGU